UUUACAGACCUUGGUUGUCACAUGAUAACGACGGGUGUAUGUGAGCCUUCCUCGAUUUUUCGAUGUACGGACUAAAGAUUUGCUGAAGAGAACCGAAGUAUUUGAUUUUUCUGGAGUACCGACUGUACUUGGGAUACUCUGAGAUCUUCCGUGAGUUGUAUCGUGCGUACGGUGAAAUUUAAUUUCACAAUCAUGAGAUACAUUGUGGGUACGACUUUUGCAGGGACCGCCUCUGCAACAAUCCUUAUUUUAGUUUUGUAUUAUGUAUUUACUGGCAAGGGAGAGCAAAUUAGCAUUGCAUGGUUCUUGACGAAUACUUCCCCAUAUAUGUGGUCUACAUUGGGCAUAGGCCUGGCAGUAGCUUUGUCUGUUGUUGGCGCAGCAUUAGGUAUUCAUACAACAGGAGUAUCUAUUGUUGGCGGAGGUGUGAAAGCACCUAGAAUCAAGACAAAGAAUUUGAUCUCUGUGAUAUUCUGUGAAGCUGUUGCCAUUUAUGGCUUGAUCACUGCCAUUGUUUUAUCUGGGAUGCUAGAAGAAUUUGAUUAUAACAAGCCUAAUAUCAAUAAAGAAGAUACCAUACGCACAAACUGGAUGGCUGGAUAUGUAAUGUUUGGCGCUGGUUUAGCUGUUGGUCUGGUCAAUCUUUUCUGCGGCAUAGCAGUUGGCAUUGUUGGUUCUGGUGCAGCUCUUGCUGAUGCAGCUAAUUCUGCUCUUUUUGUGAAGAUCCUUAUUGUGGAGAUUUUUGGUUCUGCUAUAGGACUCUUUGGUUUAAUUGUUGGCAUAUAUAUGACAUCUAAAGUAAAAAUGGGCAACGUAUAGAUUGAAAUUACAGCAAAGCAAAUGGUGAUGUAUAAUUGGGAUCAUAAUGUUCCAUUCCACAUUUAGUCAACAGCAAGAGAUUCUAGACAAGUGAACGCAUAUCUAUGAAAUCAUUGUGCGAACUUAUAUGAAUUUUAUAGAUACCAAUGUGAAAAUAUGGUAUAUUAUUGCCUGUUGCUAACUUGGAUCAUAUAAUUUUUACAAUGAUCUAAUUUAACACCUGCUCUAAUAUCUAUAGAUCUAAUAUCUUAUUAAUGUCAUAUAUAUUGUUUCAGAUAAAUUUUUCUGUUUUUGUUUUAUAACAUAAAAAUGUCUAAAAUUAAAGAGAUUAUAAUUGGCAUUGAUUUUUAUCGACAUUAAAAAACAACAUAAUUUUCAUACCUUGAGUGCGUUGUAGCGCUCGCUUUUAUGUAAGUCAAUGUACAUAUUUCCUUAUUAACAUGAGUAAUGUAAUAGAGUAAUAUAAAAAAAUAUAUGUAUUUAUUCUCCAUACAUAUUAAUCAUUGGGAAAAAUAUUGAUUAGAAGUUGUAUUACUGGUUUGAAAAUGAAUGGAAAUAGCAUAUGAUAUAUUUCAAGCGUAUUAAAAAUAUUUAUUUAAUAUCGUA